GUUCUUUAAACGAUGCUAUUGCCUUGACUUCUAGCUAUUGUUGUUUUAUGGAGCUUCUCUUUCGAGAAUAUCAUAUCGAUUUCGGAUGUGAUAUAAUACUAUCUUAUAUUUUAUAACUAUGAUUUAUCGAAUACGUUAACAAUUUUUUCGUUCAUGGUGUAUAACCACUUUGGACGAGUAACUAAGCAGUGGUGGGGAGCUACUCACUUACGUAUCGGUGGUCGUGGUCAACCUCGUCCUAACAAGGGAUUUAGGUUAUCACAUUUUCCCAGUGUAGGUUCUGCACUUGAAUGUUGUAGAUGGUGGAAAUUCUUGAGAAGAGGUACAUUGGCAAGAUUAUUGAACUCCGACAUUGCGAAUCCUGCAACUACAUCCACUCCAGUGACAUCUUCUCAUAUUGAAAAAGUCGAAAAAGGUUUGGCAUCUCUCAACAAUGAGCAGUUGUCACUCAUAGGCUCAUAUUUGGGUGUAAACUUUACCAAAAAACAAGGACACAAAUACCGUCGUGCUCUAGAUGCCGAAAAUUUAAUAAACUCAAUUGCAUCGCAGGAAGGAGGAUCCGUAUAUUCCACUCCAGCCCAGUCUGCACGUCCCCCUUCCAAUGAUAACAACGAUGACCGCGAAAUUAACCUGACGUUUUUCGUUGGUUUCUUACUUCUCCUAGGCAUGAUUGUAAUGCUUAAUUUACUGUUAAACAUGCAUACUUGGGACUUCGAAAAGUCAGAAGAGAAAAACGACGUCGCAUUGCGCAAUAUAGGAAUUUUCAGUACUUACUAUACUGGUGAGUACGAGGUAUGUGAAACUUCUCGUACAAUCAUAGAGCCUGAUGGAAGCAAAACUCACAAUGCUGGUGGUUGUGUGACAGGCAAUAUGCAUGCUACGAUUAUAUUCCGUGAAAUGGAUCUUGACUCUUUUGUACGAGUCUAUUUACUAUUGUGUUUUGAGCUCCCUGAAGGCAACCGUUUCGCUUUUUGGAAUUCACCAAAGUUUGGUAGAAGGACAUUUAAGAGGGAUCGUCGUGUAUAUCUUGGACUCUCUGGCCUGGAAUUCACGAAUAACAUUGACACGUUAUAUCUCUCAGGAUUGUCUUCGGUAUUGGGACCUUUUACCUCCCGUGCUCCCUUGAAGGAGUAUUGGCCUAAAUUAGCGCUAACAAUGGAUGAUUGGAAUGAGUAUGAAGGUAAAUCACAGGGAUCUGUUUGCAUCUUCAAUGCAUUUUUGCGUCACCCAUUUCCUAAAAUGAGUCAGAUUUCCCUACGUCAACUUAAUGAAUUGUACAUUUUGGGGACAAACCAUUUCCUUUUGCAGGAAUUCGAGCAUACAUCUGAUCUAUGCGAUCGCAAAUUCAACAUAUUUGAUGCUUUAUAUUCUGAGCCGAAACCUCCAGAUUUCAAAGUUGCUGAGAAUAUGAGUCCCGUGACGCCUAAUAAUAAAAUUCCGUAUAUAUCUGAAGGCGAGGAAAGUCAGCAACUGGUUGAUACAAUGCAUGGCAGUGUCGUCUCUAAUGACUGUGGCGUGUCUAUAUCUUUUAAAGGUCAGGAACGUGAUAUGUCAUAUGGUGACGUCAUGGUGCAACAAUUUGCCAUUUUCUUUAUUAUGAAAUCGCUGUUGGAGAUAAUUUUGUUAUGCAAGCAGUUACGGGGCAUUGAUGAGGGUUCUCAUGGAAAGACUCUUAGCAUCAUUGCAUUUAGUAUGUUUUCUUACCAGGAUUUGCUUGAUAUUUUCUUUUUCUUUUAUCAUCGUAACCUUUUCUGGAGAAACAUUUUGUGUUUCACCUUCUCAAUCUUUAUAAAGAUUUUUUUGGUUGGUGUAGUAGACCACAGCUACUUGGUAUUGAUUUGGCGCGCCAACCAUUCUGAGCACAUUCGUGAGGGUUGGGAGGUUACACAAGCUCGUUUCAAGCUUUUUUAUCGUUACUAUUUCAGCUUUAUAGCUCUUCAUAUUAUAAAUUGGUACGCCUAUUAUCCUGACUCUCCUUGGUUUCUCAUUUCAGUUUAUUUAUGUUGGAUACCUCAGAUACUUCUUGAUGCAUGGCGUGGUCAAUGCAAUUCGCUUAACAUUCUAACGGUGAUAGCGGUAUCGUUACUACGUUUGUAUGUACCUUGUUACGUAUUCAUGCUGAAGGAAAACGCUUUUACUUUUGACGUAUUUUCUCGAGAUUCUGGUAGGACAAAUCGUACUGUUGGAGCAUACAUCAUUUUGGUUACACUGCUACAGUUGGUGUUAAUGUGUCUACAGCGUCUACGUGGUGCUAGAUGUUUUGCUUCAUGGUCUAUUUUACCACAGAUUUAUAAUUACGUUCGUCCCUGGACGCAGCUUAUGCAGGACGAUCCUCAAGAAUGUGUCAUUUGUAUGACUUCCAUUGAACAAUCUAAGGGCAACUGGAGUAUAACUCCAUGUGACCACUUGUUUCACCGCAGCUGUCUGCAGGAUUGGACUUCCGUAAAGAUGGAAUGCCCUAAUUGCAGGCACCCGUUACCGCCUAUUAUAUGA